AUGGGAGGAGCUAUUUCAAAAAAAAGAUGGGGAAAAUCAAUAAUGGAUUAAGACAAUGAUAGUGAUAGUGAUAAUUCUAAUAAAUCAAAAGAAACACCAAAAAAUUAACAAUCAUUCAUUUAUCGAAAAUUGAAAAUUGAUGAGAAUUUUCCAACUUGGCUAUAAGAAAUGUUUAAAAAACAUGGACCUUAUAAUUCUCCUGAAAAAUUAGAAAUUAAUAAAGAUUUAGAAUAUGUAGAAUAGGAAUUAGAUGAAAAUUAUUUUUUUUUAGGGUUUACUUAAAAUAAGAAAAAGCAUGGAUAUGGAGUGAUGUUGAUGAAUGAAAUAUUUUACGAGGGAAGUUUCGAAUAAGACAUGAUAAAAGGAUGGGGUAGGCAAUUAGAACCUACACUAUUAAUGGUAAAAAUAGAAAUAAUAAUAACUUAAAGGAAGGAUAUUGGGAAAAUAAUUAGAUUGUUAAAGAUAAAAUACUAAUUCAAGGGAAUAAGAAAUAUUAAGGAUAAUUUGUAAAUAAUACACUUCAUGGAAAAGGAACAAUGACAUUCGAUUAGGAAGAUGAAAUAUAUGAAGGUGAUUUUGAUUUAGGAAUUAGACAUGGUAAAGGAAUAAUGAAAAAUUUGAAAUAUGAUUGUUAAUAUGAUGGAGAUUUUUAGAAUAAUAAAAUGGAAGGCAAUGGUAUAUUAUUAUUUGGAAAUGGAAUGGAAUAUGAAGGAGAUUUUUUUAAUAAUUAAAUGCAUGGUAAAGGUUAUUUGAAAUAUCCUGAUGGAAAAUAUUAUAAAGGUAUGAAUAUUAAAAAAUAAAGGUGAAUUUUUCGAAAAUAAAAUGCAUGGUAAAGGAAUUCUAAAGGGAAUUAAUGAUAUAUAUGAUGGAGAAUUUUAAAAUGGAUUAAAACAUGGUUAUGGAAAAAUGAUAGUUAAUAAGUUUGAAUUAGUAGGGAUCUGGGUAAAUGAUAUUUUCAAAGAAGAAACUGAAUGA